AUGUCAGAGAUUGUAAAUUUGUCACCGUCUCUGAGGUCUUUAAACCCAAAGAUCUCACUUUUGGUUCCUCGUCAAAUCUCGACCUCUUUCUCUCUACCGAGAAAGUUCAAGUUUCUUACUUUUCCCGAGAAAAUCAGCUUGGUAGCGGAGAGAAUCCGAGCAGUCGAUGCACGGAAGCAGGACGGUUGCUUGCAAGAGAUAGAUGACUCGCCGGUCUCUGUGGAGCUGGGACCGAUUUGUAGCGAGAGCCACUUUGAUCAGGUGAUGGAGGAAGCUCAGACGCUCGGUGAAUCAGUUGUGAUUGUCUGGAUGGCAGCUUGGUGCAGGAAAUGUAUUUACUUAAAACCAAAACUCGAGAAGCUCGCUGCUGAAUUCUAUCCAAGACUGCGGUUUUAUCAUGUUGAUGUCAACGCUGUGCCAUACAAGCUUGUCUCUCGUGCUGGAGUUACGCUGUGGAGAGAUAACCAGAAACAAGCGGAGGUUAUCGGUGGCCACAAAGCGCAUUUUGUGGUUGACGAAGUCCGAGAGAUGAUAGAUAACGAUUCCAUCAGCUAA